GAGGUUGGCUCUUCGUGACAUCCCCGAGGGAUGGGCAAGGGCCCGCUAGUGUUCGCUCCUGGUGGGGCGGGUCUGAAGUCAGGACAGCAGAGGAGCCCACCAUGCGGCCCUCCCCCAGUGCACGCCAGGCUCUGACCGCGCCACACCCCCUCCAGCCACACUCCCGCAAGCUGCCCCUCCAGCCAGCUGGUUCUGGGCUGGGGCCCAGUCGCCUCCUAAUCCCUGGGCAGGUGCCCAGGCCUGCCCCCUUACCCCAAGUCGAGAGAGGCCUGAGGCCCAGGGGAGCUUUGCAUCCGCUGGGUUUUUGAAGUGUGGGGUUAGUACACUCAGACUGGGACGGACUGAGUGGGCUGACGACCGGACACCCUCGCAUUCCCUCUGGCUACCGUGGUGCCCCCUGUCCCCCGUGCUCCGGACCCGCCCUUUCACCAGACCCCUGGCACCAGAGUCACCCCUGGGCCCCGGAGCACGGUCUCCCUGACCAGCCUUGCCCCGCGUCUCCCGCUGCCCGCAAGAUUCCAAGCCCUGCCCCGAGCCCUCCAGCCACCCAGUGUGCAAACCCACUGCAUCCCGCCCACCAGGCCCCUGCCCCGGCAGACCACCCAGAGUUGCGAGGCUCAGAGGUGAUGGUGAGCUUCUUGGCAGGCUUCCUGGAGGAGGGGGAUCGGGGGGUAUGUCUGAGCUGAGAUCAUGGGGCAGACAUCCCAGAGAGCCUGCCAAAAUUCUCCUCCCCCUGCAUCGAAGGGUCUGAAAGUAUCAGGAGGAAGUGCCACCGGGGUGGGCGGGGUUCGGUGGACACCUCGGCCAGGCUGCUGCAGGGCGCAACCCGAUCGGAGCCUAAUCGGAGCCUAAUCGCAGUGGGCUUGGUCCCAGGCCAGCAGGCCAGCCACCCCAGGGCAUUUGGGGGUCAUAAAGGCUGGGCAGGAGAGGCCACCGCAGCUGUCCCGCUGAACCGUCCUCCACGAUGCUGUGCAAGCUGCUGAUGGGCUGUGUCUUCGCCCUGCUCAGGGCGUCCCCAGGCCAGGCCCAGGUCCCCAUCCAGGACAACUUUGACGCCAGCCAGUUCCAGGGUACCUGGUACAUGGUCGGGGUGGUAUCGGAUGACCAGGGCUUCCUGGACUCCAAGGACGACCUGAAGAUGCCCAUGGUCUUGGUGACCCCCUUGGCCAAUGGUGACCUGGCCCUCAAGUUUGGGUACUCUACACCCGAUGGCGGGUGCCAGAAGAUGGACGCGACGUUCACUAAGGGUGCUGUGGACGGGCAGUUCAGCAACGAGGCCUUGGCGCAGACCGACAUCCGUGUGGUGUCCACCGACUACAAGCAUUUCGCGGUGCUGUACGUGGAGACGCAGAAGGGGGGCGUCAGGAACGUCUGGCUGCAGCUCUACGCCCGCGCCCCAGAGCUGUUUCCCGAAGGUGCACAGCAGAUGCAGCAGCUGGCACCCCAAGUGGGCCUAAACCCCAGCCAGGGCGCCCUGCUGCCCAAGUCAGGUGAGCGUCGUCCCCACACCGGCUCAGGGCUGUGGGAGACCCCAGACUCAGACUGCGAGGGCCAGGCCCCGAGGCUCACUCCCCAGAUGCGGGCAGCAGCACCAGGGGCAGCCCUGGCCGAUCCGGGCCAGAGGAGGGCCGGACGGUGCCCUGGCUGGUGACCCACCGGGAGGAGAUCGCUCGCAGGCAGGGAGGCUUGAUUAUUCAGGGAGGUUGGGGCCCCCAGCCCUGGGGAAGGGAGCCCUGGGUGGUUCCUCAGGCUUCACUCUCCCCCACAGACCAGUGCGCUGGAGCCUUCUAGGUGAGUACUCAGGGGUGGGCCGGACACCACCCCCAGAUCGUGCAGUGCCCAGUGCCCUGCUGACCCCUGGGGGCCUCUCUCAGCCAGAAGGCUGCAUGGUGGGGGUCCUCAUCCUGGGAGCAGGGUGGGGGUGGUACCAUAGAAUUGAGGUGGGACAGCAGGCAGCGGUGGGGAGGAACGGAGUGGGGCCCUGGGGUGGGCCCAGGGAGGGCAGGAGGAGGCGAGAAGACGGUGCUCACCCCACUGCACUUGCCCUGUCAUUUGCAAGGAAGGAUCCAGCCCAGGAGUGCCAGCGGUGGGCGGGGGGCCCGUGCUCAGUGUACUGGGCUCCCCAGAGACCGUGCGCCACUUCUCUGUCACCCCUCCCCCAGCACAAUCUCCUCAAGCCCACAGCUGCCGCGCUUUUCUCCCACGGGUUCUGGGGCCAGGGAGGGACCCCUUGCUCGGCUGGGGCCGGCCGGGGCAGGCGCGUAGCCCGGGAGGAGCUGAGGCUCUGCUCGGAGGGACGCAAGCUUAUCCAGACAGCGGCGUCGCAAGGCCUUCCCUGCCCCCCCGCCCCCCCCCCGUACCAGGGCACCAGACUGGGGGUGUUCCCCUUGCUCAGCCACCGGAGCUCCUGCGGGCACAGCGGGCCUCCUGGGCCUUUGGGGUCCUCCCAAACCACAGCACAGAGCAGGGAUCUGGGCCUCUUCUGUCCCCCCAGUUCUCCCCUGACCUCUGGCCCCAAAGUACCCGCAGUUCACUCCCCACCCAGAGCCAGAGGAAAGGGGGUGUGAGCCAUUGUGUCUAUGUCGGAUAACAUCCCUCUUCUUUGAAGACAUGUCCUGCAGGUGCGCCUGGGCAGCUCCAUCGGUGAGGGUCUGCCUUCAGCUCAGAUCAUGAUCUCAGGGGUCCUGGGAUCGAGCCCCGCAUCGGGUUCCCUGCUCAGCAUAGCGCCCGA